UAAUUUUAUGUUUGCAAAAUACGUAAUUUUUUUAGAAGCGUAAUAUAUAAAAACUUUGGAGACGAUUAUCGGCCUGCUUUUCAUAAAUUCAGAAGAUAUAGCUGUAUCAUAGAUAACGGAUAUCUACAUAUCAGACAUAUUCCGCACAAACAGAUAGGCACAAACAGAUAGAUAUCGUAACAGGACGCAUCAAUAGUACGACCAACGAAAGCUAAAGGUUAAUGGCUUUAUAUCACGUAUCAUCCUGUUGAUGUAAAAAAGACACAAACUUCUAUAUAAGUUAAGAUUGAACGAUUUUUCAAGACCUGCGGAAAGAAAACACGAUGAAACGGUUAUCGAAUCUUGCAACGAUAUCGCUUUGAUAUCGCGACUUGUUUCUUCUUUGUUCCGAGAGACAUCAAGAUGGCCUCAUACUAUUUCUAAUCUAAAUACCGUGUCGAGCAUUUUCUGGCUCUGACGUAUGUAAAUUCUCUUGAACUAAAUUACAGCAAAUCGAGAACGCUUGGAGUUCAAUCGGUCAUCGAAUAACUCAUCGUAUCAUGAGCCAACUUCGGAAAUCCAAAAGAUUGUCUUCACCGUUACAAUAUAUCUCUUCUUAAUUUCACAAAAUUGUCAAGAAAAGAACAUUAGCUUUUUAAAUCUAGACGUUGAGUUUCAAACACCGGAAACUGCAAUCUUGUGUCACCACGAGGAUAGACGCUCGUGGCGAAAAUCGGACGAUCACGAAGGCAGUCAUCAACGAAGGGUUAUCAAAACGGUGAUAAGAACCAUUAAAAAUGCUUCGCGAAGAAACGGACAACGAGAGGGUCGAUUAUAGAGCCGUCAAAGCCGACGACCACGUAAUAAAUAAUCAUCGCAAGGGAUUGAAUUAUUUCCAUCUCGUUCGAAAAUAUUUGGAUAACGAAAAUAGAAUACAAAAAAGAAAGGAACUCUCUAAUGAAGCUACAGAGGAUGAGGCGGAAGAGGAGGAACAUGACGAAACCCGUAGCGAAGAUGAAGAUGCAAAAAUACAGAGAAAAAAAGAAAAUGAAAACGAGCAGAAAACUACGCAGAAUGGGCAAUGCGCGGUUUGUCAUAUUAUUAUUAAUGAGACGAAUCUCGGAGGAAGUGUCGUCGAGUCCAAACAAGAUCCACAUUAUUCCGAGGAUUAUUUGUUAUGUCAACGUUGCGUACGAAAUUUUUCAAUUCGAUCAGAUGCCGACUCCCUUCAGCCUCGAAGAUCGCACCCAAGUUUUUUCCAGAGCAGAGACGAUGAUCGCAGCAAUCGCGUACAUUCAAGAUACUUGCAACCGCCGUCACAUCCUGCAUUGGGAUCACGUCGCGAUCAAUGGAGUUGUAAUUUUGACAGGACGACGCCUGUCGAGAAUAACAAAACAUUAAAUUAUGAGUCAGAUAUCACCUCGUAUGUUCAUGACCGAGGCGAUCCGUGUCAGGAGAAGCAAACGGAGAACUACGGGAGGCAAUGUCAAGAACAGCAUGAUUAUUCCAACGUGACGAGGAGAAAUAUCGCAGUGGACCGAUAUGUCUCCGAAAUGAAAAUCAAAAGUCCCUCUUUGUCUUCCGUUGACUGUUCCCGCAGACCUAUUCGUUGUCCGCGUUUGGAUUGCUCAGUAAACGUCGCCUUCUCGGCGCUUACCCACCACUUCCUCUUUGAUCAUCCCGAGGUGCCUAUCCUUAGCGUCGAACCCGGUACUGAAAGUACACUUAUUAUCAGUUAUGGAGCUCUCUCUUGCAACUCUAGCCGAUGUCUAGCUCUCUUACUGGUAUCCGGAAAACUCUCAGAUUCCUCAGCGAGGCUGUUUGGUGGCAGUCAGAUAAACCCCAAGUAUCGGAAUCGAUUGCCUCUACCAGUGCUGGCAGCGCGUCUACAUAGCAAUCACAAUUAUGCGUGCUGUGAGGAUGUGCAUGCUGGCGGUGAAAGCCAGUGUGAGAAGGACAUGAUCAUCGCCUGGGUGGCGGGAUUAGAUGUUAGUGACACGGCUGAUAGACUUCGAUGUAGUAUUCAGGCCGUUGACAGUAUCGAGAAUGGAGGAUUCCGAUCGCUUACAUAUACGGGUCCUGUGACAUCUCUGAGAACUGCUCAAUGUCCGCGUGACGUCUUUUUGACCGGCGAUUGUAUAGUUCUCCACGAGGGAUUGAUCAGUCAUAUCACUUCCGGUUGUACUAGUCUCAAUGUAAAUGUUAUUGUACACUAACUUGUUCCAUAUUAAUAUA